AUGGCCAGAAUCCGGUCUACUGCCAGAGAUCCCAACUACAGAAGUGGGAGCUUAGAUGAGCAGCCGCCUGAGGUCCCAGCUUCAGGCGGUGAAGUAGAGCAUGGAGAGGUAGAGCAGAGAGGCUCACCCGGGGGCGCUCCUAGCACCCCGGGUGAUAGCAUUUUAAUUGAAGAGAGUGCUCCCCUCCAGGAGACCAGAGAGCAGGCUAUGCUGCGCGUAGAGGGGCUCAAACGAGCUUAUACCCGCAAGUCUGAGGAGGCGGAGAAGACCAAAGCCCUCCAACAGCAGAUUGAUCAGCUGAAAAACCAAGUUGACCAACUGCAGGCGUCCCUGGAUGAUGCCAAUAAAAAGUUGGAGGAACAGACAGAGCCCCUCCAACGGCUGAGCAAGGCGGAGACUGAAAAUGGCCGCCUUGCCAAAGAGAAUGAGCACCUGCGCAAAGAGGCGGCUGCUGCCAAUGAGAACUUCAAGGCCACCUUGGAGUCGGAGCAGGAGAGGCUCAUUGAAGAGAAUGAGCAUGACUGUGCAAACCGGAUGCAACGGGCGUUUUCCCUCAUCCACCCGGAGGCGGACUUCACC